UUUUUAGUCUUUUUAUCUGAAGGGUUGUUUGGUGAUUUCAAUGGAAAGUAGUAAAAGAAAAGCAUUGGAUAAAAUUCCAGAUAAAAUUUGUCAAUAUGGAACAGAGUGCUACAGAAAAAACCCACACCAUUUCAAAGAAUACUGUCAUCCGCACUUAGAAGCAAUAUUACACGGCGCUGCUAAAGCUAAAGAUCAAUAUGAAAUUCCCGAAGAGUUAUCAAUUAGUCGAGAGGUCGUCUCAGACCAGCUUAAGAUUCUGGCACAAAUUUAUCCGGAUCUGCUAAAUAAAAGUUGUCCUCCAACAAAACACUUAAAGAACAAUGAGAGUUCACCAAAAAACUUACAAACUGUCCCUAAAACUACAAAAGAAAAUACCGUGGUUGCUGAUCUGUUUGCUGAGCGUCGAGAAAAAAUGGCUAAACAAUUCGAAGAAAAGAAAAAAGAAACAGCUUCAGCAACCAGCCUUCAAGCAAAACAGUCAACUUCAGUAGAUACAACAAAACCUUCGGGAGUGUCGUUAAAGAACGUAAUAACGCGAAAUAUUCACGAUUAUUAUCCCGUGGUAAUACCCCGAGGGCAAAUGGCCAACAAAUUAGAAAAUGCUGCCCCGUAUAGUAUGUUCAUGACAACUAUCACGGAUGCCCCAACUACUCAUAAAGAACCGUUAUCGAUAACUUUCCAAGAACUCCUGGAUAAUAGUCUGGGAGAACUUGAAUCGUCUGUACAGAUGAACUUUAUGGUCGAUAUCGGUUGGCUUUUAGGACAUUACUACUUUGCUGGUUACGAAGAUCGACCGUUGCUUAUUUUGUAUGGUGAUGAAACACCAGAACUUAAGACUGUGUCUUCGCAGAAACCGAACGUGACGGCAAUUAAGGUGCACAUUGCAACCCCAUUCGGGGUGCACCACACCAAGAUGGGUUUGUAUGCCUACACGGACGGAUCAAUGAGGAUUGUUGUUUCAACUGCUAAUCUGUACGAAGACGAUUGGCAUAAUCGUACGCAAGGGUUGUGGAUAAGUCCGAAGCUGCCACCGAUUCCUGAAGAUUCCGAUACGGGCUUUGGAGAAAGUCGUACUGGUUUCCGAGGAAGUUUAACUACGUAUCUAAAUGCCUACAAAAUCAGCCAGCUGCAACCAUGGGUUGCCAAAAUUCAGAAAAUUGACUUUCGAGCUGUAAAUGUUUUUCUGGUGGCAUCUGUACCAGGGGGUCAUCUCAACACUCCCAAGGGACCACUUUGGGGACACCCUCGUCUAGGUUAUCUACUUGGUCAGCACUCAGCUCCGAUCGAUGACACUUGCCCGUUAGUAGCUCAAAGUUCUAGUAUUGGCAGCUUAGGACCGAAUCCACAGUCUUGGGUUUUAUCGGAAGUUAUGGCCAGUUUCCGGAGAGAUUCAACUCCGAUUGGUUUGCGAAGAGUUCCCGCCUUUAAAAUGAUAUUUCCUAGCUUUUCCAACGUUAGAAGCAGUCACGAUCAUUUGCUUGGUGGAGGAUGCUUACCGUACAUGAAAGCCACCCAUGAUAAGCAACUUUGGCUUAAGGAACAUCUACAUCAGUGGAAAAGUGAUUCACGAAGUCGAACGAAAGCUGUGCCCCACAUCAAAACAUAUUGCCGUUGGUCUCAUCGGGGGCUUUACUGGUUUUUACUGACGUCUGCCAAUUUGUCGAAAGCUGCAUGGGGUGUUUAUAAUAAAUCCGCGAAGUUCGAAGCACCCUUACGGAUAAAUAGUUACGAAGCUGGUGUUCUGUUUCUGCCAAAAUUUGUGAUCGAAGAAAACUUUUUUCCUAUGGAAGCUAAAGCUGAAAACCGGCAUCCCCGAUUUCCGAUGCCUUACGACAUUCCUAUAAUACCGUACGCACCAGAGGACACGCCAUUUUUCAUGGAUUACUUGAGACAGUAACGCAAGCGCAAUCUGCUUAAUUCCACCAGUUAUUUUAAAACAAUUAUCAUUGUGUUUGUUAUUAAAAAUUGAAUUACAUCGCUAUCAUAUUGUAACAUAAAUUGAGUCACAUGU